AUGUCGUUUAUUUUUUUAAUAUUUUUUCCAUUUUUUCACCCCUUUUAUUACUCACACUAUCUCUUGAUCUCAGACCAUACUUGUACGAGCUGUUUCCUAUGCUUUUUUCAAUUUGUCGUUUUUUUCAAGUAUAACAACAUCGACGACGGUAGUAUUAUGACAGUUACUGAAAGGCAAUUCAAAGCAUGUCUGUUUGACAUGGAUGGGUUAUUGAUUGACAGUGAAACCAUUUACACUAUAUCAUUUUCUGACAUCUUGAAGAACAAAUUCAAUAGACCGGAAGGUUUAACGUGGGAUGUUAAAGUCAAACUACAGGGCCUUCCUGGUCCCCAAGCCAGCCAAGUUGCUAUUGAUCACUAUGGACUAGCUGGAGAAAUCACAGCCGAUGAACUGUAUCAAUUGACAAGCAAAAGGCAAGAAGAAUUAUGGCCAGAAGUUGCAGUUCUACCAGGCGUUGAAAAGCUGAUCAGGUACUUGAAAGAGAAAAACAUACCGAUUUGCGUUUGUACCUCUUCGCAUUCCGACAAGUACAAGUUAAAAACGAGCCAUCACCAAGCAUUGUUUCAGCUUUUUGAUGGCAACGUGAUCACUGGUGAUAAUCCAACCAUUCUAAAUAAGGGUUAA